AUGACACUAAGAAUUGUGUUUCCGUCACCUUAGAAUGAGCUGUUUAUAUCGGCAUAUGAAGCGGGUCCUCUUCCACAGAGAUCGCCGUGUUGUUCUACAGUAUCCCAGAACAGACAAACCAAACACUGGCUCUAGAUAAACAGUCUAUAGCCCGUUUCCACUGAAGAAGUUCCUGGUACUAUUUGGGGGCCAGGAACUUUAUAGGAAUGUCCUCUUGCUCGGCCUUCUCAACCGCCGUGUCUCCACUGAGAGGGCGGAGUAGGAGGAAGGUUCCUGUAAAGUUACCGGGCUCUGGAUGUGACGUAAUCGUUGCGCGACCAUUUUGACCGGUGCGACGCGGCAAAGAAACAAACAAAGAACAACAACAACAAAGAAUAAGAAGCAGAAGUACGAAGCAGAUGUAAGAAGAAGAAAACAGACAUAAGAAAGACGAUAAUCAACAUGGAAGGAGCUGAGGUGGUUGCUGGGUUUCUGGCAUGUCUCUUCGUUUACAUGGUGGUGGAAGCUAUGAACGAGCUAACCCUCGUCUGCUGAGUUUUAAAAAUGCCGGCUAUUUUGUUGCUUUCUGUUGACGUCACAUCCCGCCUUGAGUACAUCCAGUCAGCACCAAGUAAACUUUAGCCCCUGUAAAAGUUCCGGAACUUUUACACUUUUUCACAUUUGGUUUUGGAAAAAUAUGAAAAACAGUUUGAUUUAAUAUUAAUUUCAAACCAUUCAUCUAUGUAUGUUUUAUCAUCAUGCAGUGUAAGAGUGGACAUAACAGUCAUCACACUUAACUGUCAUUAACUUUUGUAAUAAUACAAGGAGUAUUUUUUACUUUGGAAAGAUCGUGGUUGAUUUUCACUCAGCACAUUUCUCUUAUUUUUUAUGUAUGUGCAGAAUUUGUCCAUUUAUUUAUUUAUUUAUUUAUCCAUUUAUACAUUUAUGUCAUGGAAUUGGUUUAAAGCCAAGGAAAUGAACUUUUUUGUCAACCUGCCACUAUGGCUGUUGGACUCCAAAAUUAGCCAGCCACUCAAGAGAUAACCAUUGUUUUUUUGGCUGGUGAGUGAAGCAGAUCUCACAGCCACUUGCAUAUUUUACCAACAUUUGGCUGGUGGCUGGUGCUAAUUUCCAACACUGUUUAAAGCCAACAAAGUUCAUUGGAAAUGUGUGUGAACCCUGAGCAAUACUAUAAAGGAAAAGAAACUACAACCGCAGCUGUCAGAUAACUGGAGCUAGUGAAAUAAAAUGAACAUUCCCUCUUGAAAUGUAGUGAGGAGAAAGUGUAAAAAAAAAAAAAAAAAAAACUAAGACAAGCAGUUGUGCUCAGCAGCGGGACUUAAAUACAUGUGCUCUGUGGCUUUCUGCUUCCUGAUAUCUGACCUCUAAGCUGGCCUCUGGGUAAAAGUAGGGGGUUGAGCCAGACCAAGUCUUGUCCAAACCCUUUAAUUGUAUGGUGAAUGGUGCUUUGUUGUAUACUCUCAGGAUGAGUGGAGCACAUGGACAGUGAGUUCAGUGAACCAGCAGGGUGCCCACAGCCAUCUUUCUCUCAUCUAAUGACAGUCUUGCUUGAUGAUAUCAGCCUGAGGGCUGCGCGAAACAAUAAUUAUGGGCCUUGGGUAAAGGUUGAUGAGUCGAUGCACAGCUUAACCUGCCCUUCGCCCCAGUGGUAUAUAAAGUGACAGGUGAGUGUGCAGAUGUGAGAGGACAAGCCAGGGUCUGCUUUGAGGAACAGACCGCUUUCAGAAACUAAGCAAGAUUGGAUGUUACUUUUGUGAGUCUCCAUUCAUUAAAGUCCACUGCACUCCUGAGGAGCUCGCUGCUCUGUUCGGGCAUUUCUUCCUCACCACUCGCUAUUCCCCCGACUCCAUCUCUACUCCCAGGUAACCUGUGGGCAUUAUUCAGCACGCCCAGAGCCUUGGGGCAGACAGACUGACUGAAGCGCUUUACGCACCAGCUAUCAUUAGAGACUCUGUAGGAAGAGAUUAACGCCUGCAGCCAGUGAAGAAGCCAUGCUUAUCUGGCGCCCUCAUGGCCGUGCCGCUAUGACCAUCACCCUCCUCCAGUCCCACCUGAUGUUUGUCCUGGCCCUGGCUGUGCUCAUCUGCCCCUUGGGCCGCGUGACAUGUCAGGGAGAAGGUCAGACACAGUCCCCUGCCCAGGUGCUUCAGGACUUGCUGUCCCGCUAUGGAGACAACAGCACCAUCACGGUGCCACAGCUGCGCUCACUGCUGGCCCUCCUCAGCCAGGGUCAGGGUGAAGGUGACAGUGACAGCAGCAGUACGACUGAGACACCUACAGUGACCUCACCUCCCAAAUCCAACAGCUCCAAGUGUUUGCCUGCAGACACGCUGGCCAUUUACAGCAUCAGCGAGCAGUCCCGGCUGGAUGGGCAGGGCCUACGGGAGCUGUGCCCCACCAUGUUGCAGCAGUUGGAUGCUGGCACCUGCAAGGCGCAAAAAGAGGAGGAGUCGAGCAGUGACCCCUCCGCCAGGCCCUCAGAUGCUGAAGUGUGGGGUUAUGGGAUCCUGUGUGUGACACUGAUCUCUCUGUGUUCGCUGGUCGGGGCAAGCGUGGUGCCCUUCAUGAAGAAAACCUUUUACAAGCGACUGCUGCUCUACUUCAUAGCCCUGGCCAUUGGCACGCUGUACUCCAACGCCCUGUUUCAGCUCAUCCCAGAGGCCUUUGGUUUUGACCCCAUGGUGGAUUUCUACGUGUCCAAAUCUGCGGUGGUGUUCGGAGGCUUUUACCUCUUCUUCUUCACUGAAAAGGUGCUCAGAGUGCUUCUCAAACAGAAACAGGGGAGCCACGGUCACAGUCAUUACCCCGGCUCAGAUCGUUACUCGACGCCCGAUGGGGAUGUGGAGGAAGGCGAGAAGGAGAAGCUGCAGCAGAACGGGGAAGCCAGCAGUCUGGCUCUGGGCAAGGUGGACGCUGGGGAGGGCGAGCUCAUGCUCAGUCCUGCACAAACACCACAGGACUCCCAGAGCCCAGACAGCGGGGGGCGGUCCGGCAGCAGUGGUGGUGGCUGCUAUUGGCUAAAGGGGACGACCUACUCUGACAUCGGCACACUGGCCUGGAUGAUCACAUUGAGCGAUGGCCUCCACAACUUCAUCGACGGCUUGGCCAUCGGCGCUUCCUUCACCGCCUCCGUCUUCCAGGGCAUCAGCACCUCCGUAGCCAUCCUUUGUGAGGAGUUCCCCCACGAGCUGGGAGACUUUGUGAUCCUGCUGAACGCUGGCAUGAGCAUACAGCAGGCUCUGUUCUUUAACUUCCUGUCAGCUUGUUGCUGUUACCUGGGCAUGGGCUUUGGCAUCCUGGCCGGCAACAGCUUCUCCCCCAACUGGAUCUUUGCCCUGGCGGGGGGAAUGUUCCUCUACAUCGCUCUGGCAGACAUGUUUCCAGAGAUGAAUGAGGUGAGUCGUGAGGAAGAGGACGCAGGCGGCAGCAGCUUCCUCCUCACCUUUGCCAUCCAGAACGCCGGCCUGCUGACAGGCUUCUCCAUCAUGCUCCUCCUCACCACCUACUCUGGGCAGAUACAGCUGGGCUAGCACCAGGCUCCUCUGUACCAACAGUAGCUGUGACCAGCGUGAAAUGAACCUGAGAUGUCGGCUGGUUUGUGCUGGUGUAAACUGACACCAAAAGGAGGGUACUUUUUCUUUCUCUUUGUUUUCCUCCCAUCCUCAGCUUUCUUGGAGUUUAGGGAGUUUGGCUGCUGUGCGGCAGGUACGCACACCUCCUCUAUCAAAAAUGUUUGAGUAGCAGUUCAUGCAGAGUUCCCACAUGCAGUAGAUCCCAGGCAGAGGGGGUGGCGGCCUCUCUGUCAUGUUUUAUCAACCUUUUCCUGACAGCUGCUCCCUCCAACAGUCUAGAAAUAUCAACUGAAGCAGCGCUCAGCCUGCAGAGACGAGUUAAAGACUUCCACGCUGAACGUGAACUGACGUGCAAUACUCACCCAGGCAAACUUUUCUCUAUUCCCCAGACUACUGAUGAGCCAUUUUGGCUUCUGCUCUUGUUUUUUUUCCCUCUCGUCCUUCCCUCUGUGGAUGUCAUUGAACCUCAACUGUUGAGAUUCAGUAGAUACAGAGUAUUUAUAUCACUAAUCCUUUGUGCCCGCAACACUUCCUCAGGAGGUGGGAAAAGCACAAUCAGGUAACAGCAGCUGACAUCUUUGAAUUUUAUCCUUAUGUUCCAGACUUGAACACCCUCGCCUUUCCCCCUUUUUUCUUUCAUUACAUACCAAAAACAAAUUGUCACAGACCUGAACUGGAAUUUUAAUCAAGUGUCAACAUCAAACUGACUUCCAGCUGGACUUUGAUGUUUGUGUGUUGAUGUUCUAUUUUUUUACACAUGAAACAUGAAAUCAGACUUUUGAAGACCAAAUAUGGGCAGACCAUUGAGAAUGGUGAAGGGCUACACAGUGACGUUUGGAAGGGCACACUUUAUUUCUCCUCAGUACGGACUUGUCUUCAUCCUCGGCAUGCAAACAGAAAUCCCUAAUGAAGCCUGAGUCAGAUAUGUAACGUGACAAAGUCCAGAGUUUGAAAUCAGUGGCUUCAUCCAGAUUAGAUGAAACAGCACUUGGCGUCCACGGCAGCAUUUCUCCACAGAGUUAACCAUCUCUGCCCUUCAUUAAUAUAGCAUUGAGUAGUUUUUGUAUUCCUCGUACUCUUGAAAUCGAAGUGCAAAUCUUUGGUCUUCGCACAUCCCGCUGACUAUUUUUCCCAGAAUUAUCUAUUCUUUUACAGAACAGUAAUAGUUUGAAUAGAAUACUGUAAGCUGAAUCAUAUAUACACGCACAGCUCGCCUACUUUUCUGUGACCUUAUCCAUAUAUGUCACACAUAACCAUGACAAAAAAAUUACUUAUAUACUGUAUCUAGUUAGGUUGUUAUGACAAACCCUCUGAUUUUUUGUGAGUUAUACUAUAUGGCCAAACGUAUGUGGACAUGAUGCCUAAAUGCACUUUUGGUCAGGGGUUGUUUUUCAUGGUUUCUGAUAGCCGGAGUUUGUUCCUCGCAAGUGCACCACAGAGCUACUGUAAGUCUGUUUUACUGUAGAAUAAUUGGCAGGAGAUCUUUGAAAGAGACAGGAAAUCAUUUAAUAACACUUACUUCUGUUCUGAAAGUACUUACUGGAUCCUCAAAGACUUUUACAACAGACUGCAUCAAAAGAUACUCAGAUAAAAACAGAUUUUUAAGCUGGUUACACGAGAAACUUUAAGAGCUGCAGCACUUAGAGAAAGAUUUAGCAGCUACUACUUUGGUCAUCAUGUAAAGGUGCAGUCAGUGAUUCUAAUUCAACACACACUUUUUGUCAAAUUUACCGAAUAUCCCCUCACAGUCUGCUAGGUGUCCAUUCUGUGUGUGCUCGGGGGGAAAAAGUCCAGUGAUCAAACACAACCUUGGAGUUACACAACACUGUAUCAGCCAAUCAGCAACAGGGGGCGUUCAUGCUCAUGCGCAGGACACAAGGAGGUUAAUAUCAUGUCAUAUCAUUGGGGUACGACACAUGCGCAGUGAAAUCUGGUCUGCACCUGCCGAAAGGCUCGAUGGCUGGUGCACUAUUAUAGAGCACAGGGGUGAUUGAUUUGUUCACGGUCUCGACCGCAGUCUGCUUCGAGGUGUUUUACAUUUUAUAUGAAAAAUAAAAGACAUAGGUGAGGAUAACAACUGUGCAGUUUUUGAAAAGGUCCUUCAUAAAAAAAAAAAAAGUCAGACCAAGUGCACCUGAGGAAGCUAAAAAGAGCGCAAACAAAGAGCACCUAAGCGCACAAUGUCUCUUUACUUCUAGUGCCGUCUGCUGUAUUCCCCCAACAUUGCAGCUCCAGUUACAUUGCGCAUGUGUCAUACUCCAUAGCUCCGAAGAGCACGUCUCAGCUGUCACUGAAUAAACUUGACAGCACAGUUGAAGGGAAUAUGAGCAAUUCUCCAGAAUCGCAUACUCUACUUUUAAAUGUGUAAUACUGUAAUUUUUAUUUAUCGCAAAAAUGCCAAAAACAAAUUGAAUACAGCCUCUAAAGUGUUGCUGGAUUUCUUUCUGCUUUCUUUCUAUCAUUAGUUGAUUUAAUAUCUUUGGGUGUUUCACAUGUUGGUCGAACAAAACUAGAAAUUUGAAUAUGAGCUUUGAAAAAUUUGUGAUGGAAUUUUUUGUAAUGCAUCAGACGGUUUAGGAAGAAAAUAAUCGACUGAUUAAUCCAGACUGAAACUGAUUGUUAGCCGCACCUGGAAAACAUACAAUGAUAUGUUAGACUAUGAUUUUUUUUACAGAAGGUCAUGUCCUGUUUCGACAUGAUAAUACCCCUGUGCACAAACCCAGGUCCAUGAGGGAACGAUUUUCCCAGUUUCAUACAGAGGAACUUGUGGCCCUAUCAGUUUUGAACCUCACUAACGCACUUGUGGCAGAGUGGAAACAAACCCCUGCAGCCAGGCUCCAACAUCUGAUGGAAAAAAACAAAAACAGAAGGAUGAUUAAUGCUCACGGUUCAACUCUGACAUGAGUUUGGGUGUCCACAUACUUUUGGCCAUUGAAAAACGGUUUAUGAUCUGCAAUGCUGAUGUUCAGUGGACCAGUUGUUGGUGUUUUUGUCAUAUUGUAAGCUACAACAACAAGCUGUAAUGGUAGUAUUGUUAAGGAUGAAACAGCCAUUGACACCAUAGCAACAGCAUCCUGGAUGCUACUGUUGACACUACAAAUCUGUUGAUCGAUAUUUAUUGAUAUUGCACAGCUGCGUUCAGAGUCAAGGAGUGCACAGAUUUUUCCUCCAUUCAACACAGGAUAAGUGAUCCAUUACUUACUUUUCUGUAGAUUCAAUAUGAGCAUAGAGUAGAGCUGUAGAUGAUUAUUUAUUAGAGAUAGAAACUGGAAGCGACUGGCCGUAAUACUGUUUAGACUAAGUUCUUUGUCGUUCCUGAAUGGAAAAGUCCAGUUAUUAAAACGGGUACCAUGAGGUACAGUAUUACUGCUGCUUGAUACGAAUGAUGAAUGGGAGAUAAUGCGUUGUUGUUUGAGCCAUACAUUAUUUAUGUAAUGCUUUACGCCCAAGAUAAAGUAUUUAGUUUCAGUUUACACCACAAGCCAUGAAAGCAGACAAAAAUGCAGUCGUUUAGAUGUUGUCGUUAAUCUUUGUUUUUGUAUUUUAUUUAGAAGAAAUGGGACGUUUAAUACAUUGCACAUUUUAACUGUGUAUUAAGAACUGUAGUCAGAGAAUACGCACAUAGAGACAGAAUAUCUGAUCAGUGAUGAUAAUUUAAACCUCAUAAUGUUAUGGUCAGACACAAAACCAGUAAAUCAGAUAAUAAAUUCAGGAGCACACAGACAAUAAAACUGCUUUAUCAGUGUCUCUUUUUUUCAGUGUCAGACGACCUGUGUUUGACGUUCUGGAGAGUUUGAUAAUGUAUCAGACUGCUGAUGCAUUGUUUUAAAGAAUAUUGUAUCUAAUGUAAUUUAUGGGAAUCCUCAUCAGCCUUCUCUGUGUGUCAUGGAAAUCUUUUUUAUAAACAUCCUUUUCCAAGAAAA